GCUCAGCUGUUUCAGCUCCCGGUUCGACUUCCGCUGCGAACGACAUUGCGCUGUUCGCCAUGGGCCGCCGAUCGCCUUUGCCUGUGGCCAUCCUGGCAACGGUCCUGGCGGGUCUCCACACCAGCUUCGUCUCCACAGGCGCUCGGCCGCAGCUCCGGACACAGCGCGUGGCACGGAAAGCCGAGCCGGAGAUUGUGGACGUGGAGGCAUCGGCGCUGGUGAAGCUGGAGGAAGACAUCGAGGCGCAGAUCCAGAAGGCGGAGGCCGACCAGGACCAGAGUCGGCUCACGCGCCUGAGUCGCUUGUUGGUCCUCACCCGGUCGUCCGCUGCGGCAACGGCCUGGCAAACCACCAAGGAGCUGAAGUCGAAGGUGGCCAGCAGCAUGGCCUCGGCCAUCAGCGAGUUCGUGGGCAAGGAGGACUACGACAUCAAUGAUGUGGCAACAAAGGUGGAGGAGAGUGUGAGCAGCGCGGUCACGAAGUUGGACAACGUCUACCUGACUGCAGAGGCCGCCAAGGCGGCGCCCGAAGGCACCACGCCCAUCAUCUUGACGGAUGUGGUGAGGCCGGUGGCGGGUCAGAUGAAGGAGGCGGGAAAGGAGGCCGUCUUGGCCUUCACUGGAAAGGAGGAGUACAAGUUCGGUGACAUCAGCAAGGAGGCGGCGAAGCGUGCGAAGAGCGCCGUGGCCAACCUCUUGGGCAAGGAGGAGUACAAGUUUGGAGACGUGACCAAGGCCGCCGUGAACAAGACCAUGGACGCCAUCGGGGACUUCACAGGGAAGAAGGACUACAAGUUCGGCGACAUCACUAAGACGCUCCUCAGGAAAGCUUUGAACUUCCUGGAGGAUGAUGACGAGAAGAGUGAGAAGAAGUGAGUGAUGGGGUGAUCUGAUAAGUUGCAGGGAUCGACGCGUGCUUUCCCCUGCAGAAUUGAUUGAAUUUCGUCGAAGUGGGCUGAAAGUGGAUGCAACAAGACUGAAGAUAGCC